AUGGAAGUUCCGCUCCAAAUUUGUCGAAAAAACGAGACAGCUAUAGAUACCACUGAUGUUUUCACAACUUCACAGAGAUUUGUCACACGGGAAGAAGUUAUCCGCUGGGUUAAAGAGACCGGAAUCAACAAUAAAGUGACUGUUAUCAUAGCGCGUUCAGACACUGAAACAGGCAAAAGAGGAAGAAGUAACAAAGUUAUAUUUGCGUGCGAUAAAGGUGGAAAAUAUAAGGAUAAAAGUGAGACUCAAAGUGCUACUAAGAGAUGUGGAUGUCCAUUCAAAAUCAGAUCGACUCCGGCAAAAGAUGGGUCUGGAUGGAAGGUUGAUGUAAAAUGUGGAGUUCAUAAUCAUGGUUUACCAGAUAGAUUAGAAGGUCAUUCAUUUGUUGGUAGGUUGACAACAAAUGAGAAGCAGCAUGUUGCUGAUUUGACAAAGAGACAUGUUCCGCCUAGACACAUAUCGAUUUCCUUGCAAGAGAGAGAUCCUGAGAACGUCACUCGGAUCACGCAAAUAUACAAGCAUAAAAGUGUGAUUGAAGCGGAGAUAAGAGGUCCAAGAAGUGAGAUACAACAUUUGCUUAAGGUUAUAGAGGAGGCGAACUAUGUUUAUUGGAGUAGGAAACAGGAUGAUUGUGACGUUGUGAGAGAUGUUUUUUGGGCUCAUCCAGAUUCGGUAAAGUUGCUGAAUCUUUUUCCUACUGUCUUGAUUAUGGACGCCACUUAUAAGACCAACAAAUAUAGACAACCUCUGUUUGAAAUAGUUGGUAUGACAUCGACCGAGUUGACAUUUGCGGUUGCAUUUGCUUAUAUGGAGUGUGAGCAGACAGAGAGUUAUAUUUGGGUCUUGGAUAAGCUGAAGCAAUUGUUUGUGAAGAAAGAUGUGGUUCCACAAGUGAUUUUGACGGAUAGAGAUCUUGCUUUGAUGAAAGCAGUUGAAGUUGUUUUUCCUACGAUGCAUAACUUGCUAUGUCGUUUUCAUAUUAACAAAAAUGUUGGGAUGAAAUGCAAGGAAUAUGUGAUGAAAGACAUGCAAGAGACGAUAGGCACAUUGUGGAAAGAUGUUGUAUGGGCUAGUAAUGAGGUUGAGUAUGGUGUACGGUUGCAAUAUCUUGAACAAGCAUGCUUUGCUUGUACUGACUUCCUCGAUUACGUGAAGAACACUUGGUUGAUCCCACAUAGGCAAAGAUUUGUAGGCGCAUGGAUUAAUCUAGUGCUUCAUUUUGGUAACACCACGACAAAUCGGGUUGAAUCUGCACAUUGGAAGCUAAAGCAGAUGAUAGGAAACAGCCUUGGUGACAUGGUCAAAGUUUGGGAAGCUAUGAAUUCUAACCUAAAAAUCCAAAUAGUAUCGAGAGCUGCUUUGAGACGCAUUGCAGAAGAGUUAUUGAGGCUUGAUUAUGUGUUAAAUAGUAGGGAAAAAUGUGGUUGUACUAUGAGAACAAGUUAUGGGCUACCUUGUGCUUGUGAGAUGGGAAGAUCGAUUGUUGUUGGAAUCCCAUUACAAAUAGAAAAUGUUCAUCUUCAAUGGAGGAUACUAUCUAUGGAAGGUGACUUGCCUUUAGAUGAGGAAGCUGGUUCGGAGGUGGAUAUGAGUAAUGCAAUUGAUGAAUUGUGGAUAAGGUUUAAAUCACUAGAUGUUGUUGGAAAAAGAGCAUUGAAAAGUAGGGUUUGUGAAAUUGCAUAUCCCACAACAACUUCAUUGUGUCCACCACCUGAGAAAAUAAAAACUAAAGGCGGAGUGAAGAGGAAAGGGAAGAAACCAGUUGGGUAUGAUGUUUAUAGGGAUCCUUCAGGUUUUGAGUAUGCUGAUCAGGCGUCUCAAUCUUCACAAAAACAAUCGCAAGCAUCACAAACUUCCAGGAAGCAAUCACAAUCAAAGAAGCAAUCACAAGCAAAGGACGAGGAUUUCACUCUUCAGUUUCCUUGUCAUAUUAGGCCAUAUAUUACCGAGAUUGUUAAUGUUGUAGCAGAUGGUAAUUGUGGAUUUAGAGCCAUUGCGUCGUGGCAUGGGUAUAGUGAGGAUGGUUGGGCAAUGGUUCGUCGUGACUUGGACAUGGAAUUAAGAGAAAAGAAGGACUUAUAUGAGAGAUUGUUCGGUCUAAGUUUAUCCGAAGUGAGAAAUGGAUUGUUGAUAGAUCAUGUUGGUUUUCAACCACCGGAGAAAUGGUUGACACUACCAGAGAUGGGUUAUUUGAUAGCAAAUCGGUAUAACAUCAUUCUUGUGCUGCUUGGUAACCCUUGCUUGACUUUUUUUCCUAUGACAACAACAUUUUCUCCAAGUGCUCCUACAUAUUGCAUUGGCCUUGUCAACAGGAAUCAAUUUCUUCGGGUUAAUAUGAAAGAAGGCUUCCCGCUGCCACCCGUCACGUUAGAUUGGAUGAAGUUUCGUCAUCAAGUGGCGACAUCUUGGAUGUUAGGAUUUGCUGGACGUCUUCAACAUUGGCACCAUCUUACGCCUAUGUUACCAUCACGUGUUAAUAUAGAUUAA